AUGGGGAGAGAAAUUCCGGACGAGGAUGAAUCCCCACGCAAGCGCAUUAAGAUUUCAAAGGACCCAGAUUCCAAUUCUCCUAUUACCCCUGUUUCUGUAUUUGGGCCUCCCGCCGCAUUGGACAGCCAGGAUAUCCAGGCGCUGAAAGAGGCGGAGGUCGGCAUCACCGAUUUUGUCAGCCCGCAUCUCCCUAGCUUUUCCGGUAUCUUGAAGAAAAGAUAUACUGAUUUCCUGGUCAACGAAAUUCUCCCUUCCGGCGAGGUUCUGCAUCUGGCAAAUCUCGAUCUCCCUCAUUCAUUUAAAGCUGCCACUGCCAGCUUAGGGCCUCCAAAGCCCACGCCUGCUGCGCCUGGGAAUAACCAGAACGCAAAUUUUUCAAAAGCAUCAGAGGAUGGUGAGAAAAAUAUUACGGAAACAGAAGCUUCGAAGGCGACCGCUACAGCGACACCCCAGUUUCAAUUAUCAGAUGAGGACAACAAACUCCUUGAAGAAUAUUUCGGUGCUGAAACCGCUCAACAAAUUAUCCUCUUACACAGUCGGGCUCUCUCGCGACCCACCGCAAAAGUAAGCGAUCUUGGGCGUAUAAAAUCUGAUGUAAUUACAGACAAGGAGCUCCGGACAAAAAUCCACCAAGCUAUUCGACGUAUAUUCGCGUCUCGUCUAGACUCAACCACGGAGAGCGAUGGUACGAUGGCAAUAACCCCCAUUCCCUUAUCACGCAAGGGUGCCGAGUCGCGUGGUGGUAGAGGUGGACGGGAUACCUGCAGGGGAAAGCUGGGCUGGAGCGAGUUAGGCGGGGAACAUUUGCAUUUCACCAUCUACAAGGAAAACAAGGACACCAUGGAAGUCGUGACGUUCCUUGCUCGUCAGAUGAAAAUGAAUGCAAAGCAGUUCGGGUUUGCUGGGACGAAGGACAGACGUGGGGUAACUGUCCAGCGUGCCAGUGUUUAUCGUGUAUAUGCGGAUCGAUUGCUGAAUGUUGGAAAGUCGCUGCGGAACGCAGCCGUUGGCGACUUCGAGUAUCGCACGGAUCGCCUUGAGCUUGGAGACUUGAAUGGGAACGAAUUUGUAAUCACGCUUCGCGACUGCCAAUUUCCCUUUGGCCAGAAUGAGGAGAGGUUGACCAAUGGAGUUUCAAAGGCUACUGAAAUUGUCUCCCAGGCUCUUCAUGAUCUUCGCGAACGGGGCUACCUUAAUUACUAUGGGCUGCAGCGUUUCGGGACGUUCUCCACACGGACUGAUACCGUGGGACUGAAGAUGUUGCAGGGCGACUUCAAGGGUGCUUGCGAGUGCAUUUUACAUUUCAAUCCAGGAACUCUCACACAGACACAAUCCCAGGCACAGUCACAGGAGACAAAAACCCUCAUCAGCGCCGACGACAUCGCGCGCGCAGAGGCGAUCCACAUUUUCCAGACAACGGGCAGAUGCAAUGAAGCCGCCAAUAAGCUCCCUCGUAAAUUCUCCGCCGAGUCCAGCAUCAUCAGGCACCUAGGCCGAAAUAAAAAUGACUAUUUCGGUGCGCUAGGAACCAUCCCCCGCAGCCUCCGUCUCAUGUAUGUCCACGCAUACCAAUCACUGGUAUGGAAUUUUGCGUCGAGCCAACGCUGGCGGUUGUACGGCGAUAAGGUCGUCGCCGGCGACCUUGUGCUCAUCAACGACUUCAAAGAAAGCGACGGGCUGGGUGCAGCUGCCGCAGUUGAUGAAUUCGAUGCAGAUGGCGACGUUGUCGUGCUGCCUGACGCGGGCGAUAGCGCCAACGCUCCCGACGAGAUGUUCGAGCGGGCGCGGGCCUUGACUGCGGAAGAGGCUGCGAGCGGGAAAUAUACCAUUUUCGACAUCGUCUUGCCGCUGCCGGGUUUUGACAUUUUGUACCCAGACAACGAGAUGAAAGCAUUCUACAAGGAUUUCAUGAGCAGUGAUCGAGGCGGUAAGCUGGAUCCCUUCGACAUGCGAAGGAGUUGGAAGGAUAUCAGUUUGAGCGGUGGGUAUCGGAAGCUGCUUAGCAAGCCAGGUGCGGAGUAUUCGUUUGAGGUGAAGGCGUAUGCAAACGAUGAUGAGCAGUUUGUGCAAACGGAUCUUGAUAAGUUAAAAGAGUCGAAGAAUGGCCAUGAGAAGGCAAGGAGACCUGAAAAGGUGACUGAAGAGGUAACAGGACAGGUUGACAAGGCGGCUGCUGAUAAACUGGCGGUGAUUAUAAAAUUACAGUUGGGAUCCAGCCAGUAUGCGACCAUGGCUUUACGGGAGCUUAUGAAAAGUGGAGGCGUCAAGACCUACAAGCCGGAUUUUGGCGGGAGGUAA